GCUCUACUUCCUUGGUCUCUGUAUAUUACUUUUGCUCACCUCCACUUCAUCCGAAGAACAAAUGUACAUAGGUAGUACCUACUUUCUAUCAUGACAUGAAGUCGAGCAUCAAUCAUCGUCGUCAUGUCAUGUUGAAUCACCAGUUCUAAGUAAUCCGAUUAACCACCCCAGUCAGUCACUCACUUAACCUACCAAUUGGACACUACUUAAGUACUACUUACACAACAAAAUCUACUCUACUCUCAUCCUCCACGACACCCGGCCAAGUAAACAUCCACAACCACUGAACUCAACACCACAAUGACCGACAUAACCCCCUUCAACAUCAAUAUCCCCGACUCCUCCAUCUCCGACCUCCAACAACGUCUCUCCCUGGCGCGAUUCCCCGACGAACUCGACUCAGCAGGAUGGGACUACGGGGCACCUCUGGCGGACGUCAAACGCCUAACCGCAUACUGGAAAGACAAAUUCAACUGGCGAGCCGCGGAGAAAAACCUCAAUCUCAUGCCCCAGUUCACCACCCCAAUCUCCGUCGCUGGAUUCGACCAACCCCUGACUAUCCAUUUCAUCCACCAGAAAAGCCCCGUUGCGAAUGCAAUCCCCCUUCUAUACGUCCACGGCUGGCCGGGUUCAUUCUAUGAAGGAUCGAAGAUCUGGAAAGAAUUGGCCAAUCCGUCACCAUCAUCCGAAGCACCAGCAUUUCAUUUCGUCGCCCUCAGUCUACCAGGGUAUGGCUUCUCAUCAACGCCUCGAACCAAAGGGUUCGCACUCGCGCAAUACGCCGAAACCGCACAUAAACUGAUGCUCAAACUCGGGUACGACGAAUACGUGACCCAAGGCGGCGAUUGGGGAUAUUACAUCACACGCACCAUUGCGAUUCUCUAUCCUCAACACUGUAAAGCCACACACGUGAAUUUCGACCAAGGCGAGGCGCCGUCGUGGACACAGUUUCCCGGUCUGGCGCUCAAACACGCCGUCACGCCGUAUACGGAACGAGAAAAGAAAGGGCUGGCGAGAACGAAAUGGUUUCUCGAGGAGGGGAGUGCGUAUCGUGCGCAGCAGAGUACCAAGCCUCAGACGCUGGGAUAUGGAUUGACGGAUAGUCCGGUGGGACUGUUGGCGUGGAUUUAUGAGAAGUUGCAUGAUUGGUCGGAUGGGUAUCCUUGGACGGAGGACGAGGUUUGUACUUGGGUGAGUAUUUAUUGGUUUUCAACCGCAGGGCCAGCGGCGAGUUUGAGGAUUUAUUAUGAAAGUACCCAUGAGUGGGAUGAUCCACAGAGGAGGGUGACCAGAGAUAGGACGAGGCUGUGGGUUGGUGGAGGUGUCAAGUUGGGCUUGACGCAUAGUCCUGGUGAAUUGAGGGUUUUGCCCCAGACGUUUACGCAUACACAGGGUCAUGUGGUCUUUGAUAGGAGUUAUGAUUCUGGUGGACAUUUCUUCGCCUUUGAGAAACCGGAGCAUCUCAUCUCCGAUGUCAGGGAAAUGUUUGGCAAGAAUGGCGGUGCUGCAGGAGUAGUCACGGGAAAGGAUGGUUAUUGAAUUGGCUAUGGAUCAUUCUUUGCCUAUCCUGCUCAUCUCAAUUCCUAGUCUGUUCAUGGUCCCAAUUUGUCUUGGGUAUGUCUCUAUAUUUCUCAUCUUUCGGGGGUAUACACGACACCAGGUCAUCUCACACUCGAUCAUCAUAA